GAAGAGGCAAUCCGGCUCUCUCGCCAGGCGGUUGCGGCCACUCCUGAUGGACAUCCCAACCUUGCGGGGCGAUUAAAUAGCCUCGGAAUCAACCUGAAUAGUCGAUACGAACGAGCUGGACAGAUGGACGAUCUCGAAGAGGCGAUCCGACUCUCUCGCCAGGCGGUUGCGGCCAC